GAAUUUGCGCGGUGACCGGACGCCCGGACACCCCAGGGAGCGGCCCCCGCCGGGGUGCCGUCCGGCGCCGCGGAGGCGAGCAGCCCGAGCGCCAUGGCCUUCGACCUGGAAGAGCGGCUGCAGCAAAGCAAUGACCGCUUCUUGCGCUCCAUUACCCGCAUCGUGGAGCAGUAUAAUUUUCCUUUUGAAGAUGAUUACCUUGUUUCCAUGGAAACUCUCACUUAUGAUACACCUGAGGGACAAAAAUCAUGGGAGGACGUUAAAGGCAAGGACAUUAGAAAACUGAAGAAGAGUUUAUUUAAGCAGCGUACUAGAGGAAGGCAAAAAAAUGCAGAAAUACCAAAGCAACAGACCAAUGAUUUUGGAGAUGGACAUUCAACUGUACAUGAGGAAUCUCCUGAGAAUUCUUGUAUGGAUACCUCUGAUGCAGGUGAAGAAAGUGAUGCUGAUAUACUUUCAGUGAGGAGAAAAUUUGAGGACAUUCACUUUCAGAAUCAAUAUGUAGGUGAUGGAAGCACUCAAAAGACCAUAAAAAUUCAAGUGGAUCCAAUAGUACAAGAUCCUACUAGAAAUAUUUCUCCGUGGAUUAAGAUCGCACCUCCAGCUCCAUUGACAGGUCUUCAUUUAACUUCACCUGUGAGAGGACUGACAGGCCACCAAGACCCUGCUUGCAGAAUGAAACAGUUGUCAAAUGAAUGCUCUUUAUCCAGACCUCCUCAGUUUCAGCUUUACAGUCUUCCCAUUUCACCAUGUCCAAUAACCCUACCCAGGCCUCAGCCUUCUCCAGAACUGAACAAAACUUGCUAUGAUAGUAUCUUUCAAGAAUACCAGUCUGCAGACGAGGAAUGCUCCUGGAGCAAUAUAACUCUUGCAGACUUGUAUCCAGCAAUGCUAAAUAUAUUUACAGUGCUCAUGACACGGCAACCUCAAAGGAAAGAGUUUAAGAAAAAAGAGUCUUUUUUAGCACACCUUAAGCACAGAAGAUCACGUUGUAGAAAGCUCAAUAUCUCUGUAUACAAAAUAAGAGGAUUCAGACCUCCUAAACUGAAGCGAACAUUACUCAGCAUAAGCAGUGGAAGUAAAGACACCCACAGUCAAGCUUCUGGAAAUGAGCACACAGAAUUUUGUGCUGCUAGGUGUUCCAUUACUGAUUUACCUGAUCUGCUACCUUAUUCUUUUGCUGAUGAAAGUGAAAACAACAUGGACUUCUCUGACUUAAGUUUAGAACAUCAUCUGUUAUCUGGAAAAGCCCAAAAUGUCUCCAAACAGACUGUUUUUCCAGAUGUUAUGCCUAGAAUGGGAGAGACAUUUCUAGUUGAAGAUGAGUUGCAGAUUCCUGUCUCAUGGGAGAGUUCAAAAUGCAAAGAAUCAAAAAAAUUGGCUUACAAAUGUUCCUCAGAAUGCCAUUCUAAAUCAUCUGUUGCCAGUCCAGACUCAACAGCACUUUAUCUGAUAAAAGAAAAUGAAGCUCAAAAUACUGACUUUCGGAAUGGUGAUACAUUAGAAUUGUGUUCCUUUCCUUGCAGUUCCUAUGGCAGUAGUAGCAUUUCUACACAUGUCACAAACUAUUCUCCUGCAAAAGCACCAAAUCCUUCUCUUUCCGUUUCUGAGAAACAAAGUGCUGAAUACCGAAUUUCUUUCCAGGGCAAAUAUCCAUUUUCCUCAUUGUCUGUGACUCUGAGUCCUUCAAAGAUGCCCCAGAAAUACGAAGAUACAUUUGAAAAACUCUACUACAAACUCUGUUCCAAAGAAAGCCAAAGGCCCUUGCAAUUGGCAAAACCUCUUCCAAUUUUACAAAACCUUGAAGUGGAAGGAAGAUGCCUGAGGAGUAAUUUAAGUGGUUCUGUGAGGUUUCCUGUGCAGUGUGCUAGAGAAUUUGACCAGAUCUAUGAGCAUGUGUGUGCUGAGGCUGUUCCAAAACUUCCUGGGUUUCAGAGAGCUUUUAAUUUAAGGAAAUAUGAGGGAAUACAGAUGUCUGAAACUGUAAAUGCUCUUGUUAACUCACCUGUUCGAACUUCUGCAAUUUCCAGAGUUAAAAGACAAGGAAAUUUUCAAAAUGAUGUUUUUAGCUCACCAGUAAAGCGACUGAAGAAUAUACCAGAACGCUAUUUUCUCUCCACAAAAUGUCAACAGAUUCCUCAAAGAAAAAAUGUUCAUCCUCACACAGCUGGUGUGCAAUUUUUGAGUACAUGCAAUAAAAGUAAUCCCAACUUUUUUGAUAGUCACAGCUGUCAGAGUCAGGACUCUGGGUUUCAUGCUUCCUCAGAUAAAACUUUUCUAUGUGCUCCUGGUACCUCCCUGCAAGAAUCUGGGAUUCCAGAUGUCCCCUCUGCUUGGCCUAAGGCCAUGAAGAAUGACACUCGUCUCAGAAGUGAACAGAAGCGUUGCCAAAGAGUAUUCAGAAAACUAAGCUACACUGAUGGGAAAGACAAAUUCUGACAUUCUCUUGGAUGAUGUCCUGGUAAAACUAAUUAAGAAGCAUUCAUGGACUGCUACAAAGACAACAAUGUUGUAUGAAGUUUGAUUGUUCUUUUUUUGUUUCUUCCAAGAAUGAAGAAUGGUUCUAUGUACAAAAUAUACAGUUAUAUAUACUGCUGAUUUAUGCUUCCCUUUUAUACACAAAUUUAGGAAUACAAAAAGGUUAAGCCCUUCUGAAAAGGUACCUUUUACUCUUUUGGCUAAAAGCAGGUAUUUCAAAGAGCAAGGGUUCCUUUCUAUGGCUAUGAUUAAAAGUUUGUAUUUAGUAGUGUUCAUUAUAGCAGAAUAUUAUCUGUAUAACCUUUUUGUCUGUUAAUAAGCUUUGAUUCUUAACAUAUUAGUAAUAAGGCAAGAAAGCUCUUUCUGGUGAACUCCUCCCUAAUCACGCUUUAUAGCUAUAUUUGUAUCAAAUGACUGAAAAAAUAUAAGAUGGGAUGGAUGAUCCAAACACAGUAUUGUAUCGUAAGGUUUGUAAUAAGCCUGUUAUGGAAUUUUAAUGUCAAAUUUUCUAUGCAAAGUUGGUGUUUUAAUAAAAUUUUGUAAGUUUUAGAGGGUAUGUUCUGACAAUCCUUCUUGAUAUAUGAUCUCAAUAAAAAAAACUGUUCUAAG